AUGCAGCUCCAUGAUCUUGAAAACAAAUUAGAGGUUGGAAAACAGCGUACAACUGUGAUCGAUGAAAAAGGGCAGUUCCAAAAAACAAUAAACGAGGUUUACGCCUCACUUGCGCGAGGAAACCAUCUUAAUCAGGUACAGGGAGAUGAACGUUUAGAAACACAACUUUUACCGUAGGUCCACAGCUUUUGUUAUCUUCUCCAAAUGAUGACUUCAUCGAAUACAUAGCACCAAGUUAUGUAUUUCCAUAUGAGCACAAACGCGGAACAUUCCGCCGUCAAAAUUGAACCUAGAGCUAAAACUUGAAAAGCCAUCAACAAGAAGCUCUCGAUCUUAUGUCUCAACGGGAAGAUGGACCCGUGUCUCCCGAGUAUUGCUUGUGGAAAUCUAUGGGUGACGCUGAUAAAGGCUGGUAAGAAACCUUCUGUAAUCACGAACUAUACAUACGUACUAAGGAAGUUAGGUAUCGCCAUGAUAUCACGAAACUGAAGACUCGAAUCAACCAUCCUGAGACUGGUGGCGGGAUUCUCGCUGAUGAAAUGAGAGUGGGGAAGUCUUUGUCUAUUUUGGCCUUAGUGACUCAAACCCUUGACGAAAGCCUACGUUGGGCACAUAAUUUGCCAGUUGAUGACGGAGAAGCUCUACCCCAAACGACGAAACGAUCAAGAGCAACAUUGAUUUUGGUUCCGUCAGCAAGUGUGUCCCACUAGACCCUCAUAUGUGCUCCGAUCCACUGACUGAACCAGUACUUAUAAACGAAUGGUUGAACGAAAUAAAAAAGUACUGUUUCAACCUCAAAGCUCGAGGAAACUUCUCAACUAACGUUGCAAUACAGGCACCUUAAAGUCAAGUUAAAUGUUUUGAAAUACCACGGGAGAGACCGCAAAAGUCUUCUCUCAAAGAUGGACGAGGCUGAUAUUGUACUGACAACGUAUCAUACUAUUGUAUGGGAGACUGAGAAAAGGUCAAGUUCUGGGAAAAAUAGAAAACCAAAUCCAAUGCAGAGUAUCGAAUGGUUCAGGAUUGUCCUCGACGAAGCGCAUAUCAUAAGACGGCAAAAAACAACAUUUAACUCAUCCGUUUCCAAAUCGAAGUCGCGUUCACGCUGGUGUCUCACUGGGACACCAAUCCAAAACAAGCUGGAUGAUAUUGGGGCUCUUUUCCCAUUUCUCAAAGUAAGAACCUUCGACAAUAUCACCACCUUUCGGCGAUAUGUUGGUAGUCCUUUCAAUGACUGCGAAAGCAACGAACGCCGUCCUCUAGCAAUCCGACAUCUCACGCUUCUCAUGGACUCAAUGUGUCUACGGAGAUCAAGAAAUCUAUUGCAUCUGCCAGAACCACAAAACAGAAUCCAUGUAGUACAGUUCUCAGAUGAAGAACGGGAUCAAUACGAGUACACGAAGAAAAUAAUGAAGCGCGCCCUUCAACAGCGAGUCAACGAAGAAAACCAAAACGGAGUUUUCGGGAUGUUUCAAAUUCAGUUGUAGCUUCGGAUUCUUUGCAAUCAUGGCACUUAUCAACAUUCAUUUUCAUGGACUAAUAAGAGAAAUUUGAUGGAUGAACGAGAAGAUGCGUUAUGUUCAAUGGGCAACAGUGGCGAGGUCAAAUGCUCUGUUUGUAAACAGUGUAUGCCUAUCAUGACGAAGAGUUCCUUCCAAACUUACCCAGGAAUCUGUGCUCAUGUACUAUGUUUUGAAUGCGCAGAGGACAAUAACCAGCUCAUGAGAGCUCAAGGCUUCGAGCUAUCUGGCUGCCCUAUUUGUGCUAUAAGUGGUGCACCCAAUAACGGCUGCGGACCCAAUGCGAACACCAAUACUCGGAGGGAGAACUAUUUGCGUAAUAUUGGUGUCUCCUCAAAGAUUAACGCGCUAAUUCGAGAUAUUCAAGUGGAUUUGUGGGAAACCAAAAGGUAAGUUGCAUCAAUGGCUUGUAGAAUUCUGGGCUGACUUUAUGGUUUCAACACAGCAUCGUCUUCUCCUGCUGGACGAACACAUUGGACCUCAUCGAGAAACACCUCCAUGAAUGCAACAUUACCUUUCAAAGAAUCGAUGGAGAUGUCAACUUUAGUCGCCGACAGAGGAUCCUUGAUGAGUUUUCGUCUUCUGACUCCAAAACACCCGUUUUAAUCAUGACUACGGGAACUGGUGCUUUUGGGUACUGCCCUCGUGAAGUCAUGCUGAAGAAAGACACUAACAUGUUGAGUAGUCUCAAUCUCCCGUCAGCGAAUCGUGUCUUCAUAAUUGAGCCCCAAUGGAAUCCGAGCGUAGAAAACCAAGCAAUAUCAAGAGCGAUACGAUUGAACCAGAAAAUCUCGGUUGUCGUGACACGGUAUAUAGUUGAUCGAACAGUUGAGCAGUUACUUCUUCCCAAUGAAGCUAUAUAAUUCUCUCGGAUACUAACGAUAUCACAGGAAAUAAGAUCACAGCAAGAGACGAAGAUAGAGAUUGCGGAUAUCGGCGUCAAUGCUACAGUUCAAAUGGAUACUGAGAUGCUGUAUCCAGGUUAUGGUAUUUCUCAUAUUUGA